GACUGAGUAAUUUUUGUUUAGUGAAUUUUCCAACAGUGAGGCUCACGGCAAGAGGAAUGAAUAAACCGAGCCAAGCACGACAAGAACAGGCAAUAUUACACUUCUACGAGAUAAAAAACAAGCAAGCAUCACGACCAUAUCUGUGACAAAUAUUUACACAGAUGAUUUGAAUAAUGUUUUUGUUUUUGGGAAUCGAGAACAACUGCAAGCUUGGGAGGGUUUUUUUUACUUUUGGAUCGAUCACGAUGAGCUACAAGAAAUUGGGAAACUCUGGAUCAACUAGUGAGUGUUUUUUUCGAGCAUGCAUGCAUCAUUCAAUAAAUAAAACUGUCACCGACAACAUCAUAAUUAAGAUGAAAUGAGUAGUGAUCAUCACAACAAAAAUGUUCUUCCACCAAUGUCGAGCAAUUUUUGCUCAAGAAGAUGAUGUUGAGGAUUUAGCGCAGCGACAUGGUGACCUGAGACUGAAGAUGGAACUGGUGCACGUUUUUUACUUCAACAUAACCGAUCUAGA